CAUACACUCGACAGAAAGAUAUUGUUGAAAUCUGCAAAUGAAGUAGAAAAGGUCACACAGGGAUGUGUUUUUCAUUUUAUUUUGAAUCUCCACCGUUACUAAAAUCAAAAUGACUGUGAUUUCUGAAAACGAAAAUGUAACACAUGAUUCGUAUGAUCACAAAAUGGAAACUUCUGUUAUUAUAUCGGGGAAUAAAACAAGGAGGUUUUCAUCAAAUCAACCUGUUUCUGCAGACGGUAUUACCGCAGACGGUAAUAUAGGAGAUAACCAGUAUUUUCAAAAGAUGCCUACGUCACCAUUACGUGGUUUUGUAAUUAUGACAGCGUGUAUGUAUAUCACAAUGUCAGGUUUUGGAAUGAUGUCUGCUUUAGGAGUUGUUUAUGUGGAGUUGAUAUCAGCGUUCCAGUGUCUACGAUCAGAGGCAGCACUUGUUCAAAGUUUGUAUGUGGGUAUAAUGUUAGGUGGCGCAGUUCUUUUCACGAAAAUCGUCAGAAAGUAUGAUACUGGGGCAUGUAUUAUGAUCACAUCAGCGUUUGGAGGUAUUGCAUGUGCUUGUGGGAGUUUGGCAUGUGAUAUUGGUACAGUUAUCGCUCUUCUUGGAGUUGCCAUGGGUCUGUUCACAAGCGUUAACAUACUUGCGGCAUACUCUGUUAUAAAUUGGACAUUUAUAGACAACAGAAAAUUUGCUCUUAGUAUUCUGACUUUCGGUUCAGCAAUUGGACAAACUGUCUAUCCUUUUAUCACUAGUGCUUUGAUAGAAUCAUACUCGUGGAACGGAUGUUUACUAAUUCUGAGUGCGUUUGCAUAUUUGAAUGGAAUACCGUGUGGGCUUGUUAUGUAUUAUUCCAAAACACAUUUUCGUAAAUCAGAUGGAAGAGGUGGAAACGAGUCUUUUAUGAGUUUUUUGACAGACGGUGCAUUCAUGGUUUGGAUACUAGCGUCAUUUGUACUGGUACUAUUAGGUCCUGUUGAGCAAUGGUUCGUUGUAGACGUCACUGUUCUUAAAGGCUUUGCAGCUCAGUCAGGAGUGACUUUACUAUCACUUAACGGAAUAUUUGGAUUUCUAGGCAGAAUCAUAUGUACAGUUAUUUUGAAAUUUUACCCAAACACUCGCCCGGAAUUACAUAUCUGCUAUGCGUUCAUGUUUUUAGCAGUGGCUCAUGUAAGUGUGGUGGCAUCACCUGUAUAUUGGGGCAUGGUUUUAGCUAUGGUUGUUCGGGGUUUCUCAUCGAGCGUGAUAUUUUCAUUUUCACCAUCUUUACUACUCGAUCUCCGAGGUCCGGAACAAUAUCCUAAGACAUUUGCUAUUGAACACAUGGUCAUGGGUAUAGCAAGUGUAAUAGGGGGAUAUCUAGGUGGGUUCAGCGUGGACGUAACAGGAUCCUAUAACUUGAUAUUUUACAUAGCAGCAGUGGGAAUGGUCCUUGGUGGAGUAAAUUCAAUAAUUAUAUUUGCUAUUUUAAAAAUGAGAAAACGUCUUAAAUGCAAGUACCAAAGUUUGUAGUAAUCUUGAUCAUUUACAGACUCUUUGAUUAAGUAUUAACGAAACUGACAGAAAAACAAACAAACACACAGAAAAGACCGAAACAUGUAUCCACUCUUGAUCUAUCUAUCCAAGUGCAUAAAAAGGACUGCUCAUUAAUCAAAAGUAUUAAAUACAUACCAAAAGAGGUGCAGCUGUGCAUUGCAUAAAAAUGCUAGAAUCUUCACAUAUGUUCCUGUUAAUGUGUUGUGGGUUUAUAAGAUAUUUUAAUGGGAUCGGUCAUUUUAAAUAACUCUGAAUAUUUGUUGCAUUAUCACAAUCAAGUUUUUGUUGUAUUUAGUGUUCAUUAUCAUUUAGUACAACAGGGGAUGGUGCAUACGAUGUAUACAUUGAUGGGCCUAAAAUGUUUGUAUGAUUCUUGCUUGGUACAGUCUUGCAAGUAAGAAUACUUGUAUGUUCACAUAGAAAAAAAUCAUCAUCAUUGUCAUAGAUAAACAAGUCCGAAUCAUAAAGUGCAAAUCGCUUUAUCCGUUUAAAUACUAUAUGACAAAUUUAUGGAAAUAUAAAUGCAAAAUGAAAAACAAAGAUAACAGUAAGGUUUAUUCAUGUGAAGUAUAAGUUUAUAUAGAGAAAAAACAACAACAGCUAGAUCUCUUUAUCGAAUACAAUCAUAUUAUGUCUAGAAAGUUGUGGUCUAGAGGUUACAGUAUCUGUCACUCUAAGGUUCCAUGCCCGAAAUUCAGUAACAAGCAUGUUUAACCUUAAAGUGACAUUAUGCUCAUUCAAGGGUAUACAGGGAGUGAGCAGGUGAAAAUCAAAAUAAGUUUUUAUAUAACCAUAAUUCCUUUUAAUUUAAUAAUUUACUUAUAUAAACAAUAAAUAACCCUCGGAUUGAAACGGAAUUUCUGUAAAUUUCAACUAGAACUUACCUGAAACGUUCAGUUAUAAAAAGAGUCUUUUUAUAUUUUAGGCAGAUUUUUAAUUUUAUCAUAAACAUUUUCCAAAAUAAACUGUUGGUCAAACACUAUUUUUACAGUCAAUCUUUUGAAAUAAAAAGUCAAUUCAGCUCAACCUGACUAUGAAAAUAUGAGCAUAAUGUCACUUUAAACAUGCUGCCACCAAUGCCACCAGAGCAAUCUAGGUCAGCCGGUACAUUUGUGCCAUCCGAACAUGGUCCACACUGUUCGCUAUUCAGGCAGCACAUACUUUUGAAUUUUUCUUUAAAAAUGAUUUUGUUACACCAGUAUUUGCUUGUUUGGCAGCAGACUGAUAAAAAGUUAAAAUACAUUUAAUUUUUCACCUCACUGUCGCUAAAUAAAUAACAAUUAUUCAAUUAAUAAGAUAAAAAUAACGUGUAUGGUAAUGAUACUCGUACCAUGAUUGGAGAAUAAAUCACAACAUUUGAA